GACGCAAGCUGGCGGAAGCAACGGUGUUGGUUUUUAGCUAGCUUGCGUCUUAGGCUAAACAAUAGCUUGUGAAUAUCCUUCGUAACUGCUCAUAUAGCUUAAGUAUUUCAUAUAGUUACGCGGUAAUAUUACGGGAAAUAUCACUUUCUAUAUAUUUAUCUGACUGGUUCGCUUUAGUGGAAUUCAAGCUUCAGAAACAAUACGGUAGCGUUAGCCUUUAGCUGGAAAACAGUCGUUGACCAGUACUUGAGCAGAAUGAAUGAGCGUGUCUGAAUGAAUGGACAGUAUUUACGUUUUCCAGGUUGUAAAAGCAGCAUAAUAAACAGCAUAUAACAAUGGCAACUGGGGCUGAUGUUCGGGAUAUUCUUGAGUUGGGUGGAGUCGAUAAUGACGGUCCCAUCAGCAAGAAAGACCUCAUCAACUCAGAUAAGAAAAAAACCAAGAAGGCAACAGAGACGCUGACUUUCAAGAGACCAGAAGGAAUGCACAGAGAAGUUUAUGCUCUACUCUAUUCAGACAAGAAAGAUGCACCCCCUCUGUUGCCUAGCGAUACUACUCAAGGAUACAGGACUGUCAAAGCCAAGCUAGGCUGUAAAAAAGUCCGUCCCUGGAAGUGGAUGCCCUUCACAAAUCCAGCUCGCAAGGAUGGGGCCAUAUUCCACCACUGGAGACGGGUGGCAGAGGAGGGCAAGGACUACCCUUUUGCUCGCUUUAACAAGACAGUGCAAGUACCAGUAUAUUCAGAGCAGGAAUAUCAGAUGUAUCUCCAUGAUGAUGGCUGGACUAAAGCAGAAACAGAUCAUCUGUUUGACCUGUGCAAGCGCUUUGACCUGCGCUUUGUAGUUGUCCAUGACCGCUACGACUACCAGCAAUACAGAAAACGCUCUGUCGAGGACCUGAAAGAACGAUAUUAUAGUAUUUGUGGUAAGCUGACCAAGGUUCGUGCACCAUCUGGGACAGAGCCCAAGAUCUACAUCUUUGAUGCUGCUCAUGAAAGGCGCCGUAAAGAGCAGUUGGAGAAGCUGUUCAAUCGUACACCUGAACAAGUGGCAGAAGAGGAGUAUCUUAUUCAGGAGCUAAGGAAGAUUGAGAAUAGGAAGAAAGAGCGUGAGAAAAAUGCUCAGGAUCUACAGAAACUCAUUAAAGCGGCUGACACCACAACGGAGUUAAGGAGAGCUGAAAAGAGGGUAUCCAAGAAGAAGCUCCCGCAAAAAAGAGAAACAGAAAAACCGGCUGUUCCAGAGACAGCAGGCAUCAAGUUCCCUGACUUCAAAUCAGCGGGUGUCACAUUGCGCAGUCAGAGGAUGAAGCUGCCAAGCUCAGUUGGCCAGAAAAAGAUCAAGGCCAUUGAGCAGAUCCUGGUAGAGCAAGGAGUGGAUCUUAACCCCAUGCCCACAGAGGAGAUUGUGCAGAUGUUCAAUGAGCUUCGUAGUGACCUGGUGCUGCUGUAUGAGUUGAAGCAAGCCCACAGCAACUGUGAGUACGAACAGCAGAUGCUGCGUCAUCGUUACGAGGCUCUACUUAAGGCUGGAAGCGGGGCCGGGUGUGUGGGAGCUAUAGGGCCAGGAUCUGCCACUCUACCACAAGGUGGGGAGCUCAGUACUGUAAACAGUACCACGUCAUCCACCCCAGGAGCUGAGGUUCAGUCCUGGCCCAGUACUGAUGACAUCAAGGUGGAAGCUAAGGAGCAGAUCAUUGAUGUUGGUGGAGCACCUCUUACCCCCAAUUCUCGUAAACGAAGAGAAUCAGCAUCCAGCUCAUCUUCUGUGAAAAAGGUGAAGAAGCCUUGAUGAGAACAGCUGAUACGACGAGGGACUGCAUUACUUAUUUUGAUGACAGUGAAGUGCCCAUGAGUGUUUUGGCUGGAUAAGAUGGACACCACUGAGCCGGACACCAUAUUACUGUCUAUUUACUCCGAAUCACAUCUGACCACACAUACACACAUACACAACUUCUCACCUACUAACAAGACCUCUCCAAACCCUCCCCAUCUGGCUGUGACAAAGGCAACAACUGAGUGACAUUUCAUUCCAUUACUGCCCGUCUCCCUGCCUCUGCCACUGGUUGGGCUUAGAUGAGGCAAGAGCAACUGUAAAUUGCCAGGCUGAGCUAAUCGGGACAUGGUGAAGAAGGUGGGAAUGACUGGGUAAUUGAAAUGAAUUGGAAUGAAAGAACAAAAUCAGGGAGUAGGAGGAGCUGGAGCUGCAAUCGUCAUUUGAGCCAUCUGGGAUUUUUUCUUGUUCUUUUUUUUUUUUUUUUUUCCCCUAAUCAUACACUAGUGUUUACUGGAAAUGUGUUUUUGUGUUAGCCUGUAAAACUGGCUUCCUCUCAACCAGGAGCACAUUUCGUUCUCUGAUGGAGGCCCCCUUCCAUCUAGAUCCUAACUCUCGACUGGAAGGGCUAAUUUCUGUUGUUUCUCUUCAGUUGACCUUGAAAAUGCUUUGGUUAUUGAUCUAAUAAAUACCAGUUGUUUGGA